AUGACAGGCAAUUGGGUGCAAGAAGGGGAUCGCGAGCACGAGGAGAGAGGCGGAGGGCGGGUGGACGAUGGCGGGGAAACUGGGGACUGGUGCGACAGUGAGGGCGGAAGAGACGAGAGUUCAGGCUGCAUGGGAGAGGCUCGAGGCGAAGGACGGGCCAGCCUGCACGCCCUUCACUCCCCUCAUCGCCAUCCCUACCCAGCCCACUCCCCCCACGCCCCGGCCGCCCCUCAAGCCCCGCCGUCCUCGCUUGCCGCUCACCCCCUUGAACGCGCGUGGACUGAUAUCGCCGAGGGCGAGUGUGGUUGUGGAGGGGGAGGGGGGCGGAUGAGAGGACAACUGGACUGGCAGGAGGGUGCCGGUGAUGGUUGUGGGGGAGAAGGGGGGAACGCGAGCAGGGAGGAGAGAGGUGAUGGGGGGCAGCGGGGGCGUGAGAGCAGGGGGGGCGUUGAAGGGUGUGAUUGGCCCAUGGUGGUCUGUGCCAUGGCUAGUAAGCGGCUCCUGCAACACGCAGUGCAGACGCCGUCGCUCCGCCUCUUUGUCCCGCCCAACCGUCUCUCCUCCCUCUUCUGGUUCCUCUCUCAUACCCCAUCCCUCACCUCCCUCUCCCUGCACUUCCCUUCCCCGCCGCUCUUCCUUCCCUACCACUUGCAGCGCGCAAUAGCCCCCUCGGUCCUCUCCCUCUCCUCGCUCCACCUCUCUUGCUCAUCUGCUCCGUCGCCCCCCCUUCCCCGUACCUCCUCCCCGCAUUUCCCCCCUCCCUCUCCCUCUCCGCCACCGAAUGUCCUCAGUCCCACACACUCCUCGUCUCCUGUAGCAUUGAGGGAUGGCAGGAGGAGGGGCGAAAGAGGAGGAAUGUUAGCAAGGGUGGAGAGGACUAGGUGGGCGGGGGGUGAGGGAGGAGAGCAGGAGCUGGGCGAAGGGAUUGGUAGAGUCGUGGAGGAAGAGGAGGAGGUGGAAGGGGAGCAGGAGCAGACGGAGGAGGAGGAGCAGGGAGCGAGUUGGGGUGCGAUGACAUGGCUGGGAGCGUACCCGUGUCUGCGCCAUGUGUCACUGGAAGGCAGUGCCUGGACAUGGCAUGUGCCCGGCCUGCAUAUGCCAACUUCACACCCACCUCGCAUGCCCGAUACCCCCUUCUCUUGCCCCACCCCACCGUCUCUGUCACACCACUCCUCUCCUCCUCCCCCUCCUCAUUUCUUCCCCCGCCUCACGUCCCUCCACCUCUCCAACGUGCGGUAUGACUGGCCACUCUUCUCCCUCCUCCACCGCCUCUCUCCUCAGCUCACCUGCCUCUCUCUCACCCAUGCCAUGGAGCAAUGCUCCCUCCCAAUCCCCCUCUCUUCAUCCUCCCCUCCGCACUCCCCUUCCUCCUCCUCCUCGUUUUCCUCCUCCCUCACCUCCUCGUUCAACUCCUCGUUCUCCUCUCCCUCUCCCACCUUCCCACACCAUCUUUCCAUCACUCUCCACCUCCCUCGCGCCCACACCAUCCGCUUCCAUUUCACCGCAGCCUCACGCCUCUCCUUCCUCCUCCUCGCCUCGCCCCGUCUCUCCACUCUCUCCAUUGUCGGGGGUGGGUGUCCCGUGACCGUUCUCAACACUCCGCAUCUCCACUCCUUGGUGGCUGGCUGCAUCGACCUUUCACUCCCUCACCUCCUCUCUGUGCGUCAUCUCUACCUGCUUGUCGAGCCCAACGCUCUGCUACUGCGCCAGCCCACACGGGUGCUACCUGGCGGUUAUGCUGGGAUCGCAGCACCUGGGUUCGUUCAUGGCCCACCUGACAACCUUUAUGGUGUUUCACCUGGCUUUGAACCUGGAGUAGCAAGCCUGGGGAGUGCUGGAGGGGAGUGGCUGCUGCCAGAGAUGAGCAGCGAUGCGGAAGAAAGCAUCAAAGGCACCAGCACACACUUUCCCAGUGGCCAUAACAUCCGUAGCAACCACACCCACAGCAGCAGUGGCAGCAUGGUUAGCAGCGGUAACGAAGAGGCGCACUUGUCCUCGCACGCCGAUGUGGCUUCGUCGCACGAGCACCUUCCCAUCCCCCCCCCUUCCAGUUGGCUGGCCCGUGUGGCAGGGACAGUGCAGAUCCUUGUAGCACGGCGGGUAAUAGGGCAGCUGGAGUGUGGCACGUGGGGAAGCCUCAGGAGCAUGGCAGUCAAGUGCAUUUCCUCCCGCCGCCAGCACCACCAUCCCACACCGCCCUUCGCCGUCUCCGCGUUGCACAGGCAGCAGCCGUUGAGCCUCACUGGAGCCACCACCGCUGGCAACAGCAGCAAUGCGACUAGUUUGGGUAGCGGUUUGCGCGGUACAUUUGCAGCAGGAGCAGCAGCAGCAGCAGGACAAGAUGUGCCCAUGAACCAGGGACGAAUGGGCGAUACACCAAAUGACCUGUAUCAUCCGCUUCAUCCCUACAAUCCCCGCAGUCUUUCCAAUUUCGGCCCUCUCUCUGCCAUUCCUGCUCCUGCUCUCUUCUCUUUGUCUGAGAUCGAUUCUUCCUCCGAACCCAGCCUUCUCCCCCUGCCAGUGGGUACAGGGCUUUUGGGAUUUUUCUGCUGCUUGCUGGGUGCGCCCUGCUCCCGUGCAUCCCUGCACGCCCUGCUGCUGGACUGCCCUCUCAUGCGCUCCCUGCACGUGUGGGUGCCUGCUGCUGCUGAGACGUGGCGAUGGGAUGUGAGGAGCGGAUGGCUGGAUGAGGGAGGAAGCGAGGAGGAGUGGGAUGGGGUGGGAGAGGCUGGGGAAGAAGCAGAAGAGAGUGAGGAUGAACGCACUGACAAGGAGAGUGGGGGAGAUGGGGAGGGUGUGGAGGAGAGAAACAGGGAGGUUAGUGGUAAGCAGGAGGAGUGCGUGUGGGAGGAGGUGAGAGUGGGAGAGAAGGUGCUGAAUCUGCCGCUGCACAUGCCUGUCAACAGCAUGAGCAUUGCAAAUCUAAGCAUCACAACAAUGGGUGCAAGCAGGGCUCCCAUCUCUCAUAAGCCGCUAUCCUUGCAUAGACAGGCACCUGCUUCUUGGAGGCCCUCACAUGCAACAGCAAGCACAGUGAAGCAAGGCAGUAGCAGAGGCAGGAACAGAGAUAGCAGCAGCAGUGUUGGCGAUGGAGGUGGUGGCAGCGGCGGUGGCAGUGCUAUGUGGCGCAGCAUGCAUGUUUUUCACGAGUGUAUCGAUCCAUCGUAUCGACUGCAUCAAGAAGAGAUGUACUUGUAA